AAGGAAUAAGUGUUAUGGCUAAAGAACUAAGUUUGCCAAUCAAGAUUUUUAAAAACAGGCCGUUCUUAGAUACCAAAGCUAAGGUGGAGCAAGUACUCUUGCAAUCGGACAUAUUUGGUAGCGGUACUACAUUGACGCCUGUUGGCCCAACUGAAACAAGACCUUUAAAAUCAGUAAGUGAUCAUUUUGGAUCAAGUGAAACACUUAUAUCCCAUGAUGAAGUAUCUCACGUUAAUAGCCCAUUCGAGCCAAGGUGGUGUUUUGGUUUUAACCCGGAUGUGCAGAUUUUAAACCUCUCCACAGACAAAAAAUCUCUGAUCCUGUUUGCUAACUCUCAGUUCCCUGUUCUGUAUAACUUUCAUGAGGAUACCAUGCACUUCAUGCAAGGACAUCUGAACAAGAUAAGUUGCUUGGCGAGAAACUCGACGGGUUCUCUACUAGUAUCAGCUGACAGCGGGCCCAAUAGCCGAGUGAUCAUUUGGGACUCUCGCCCUUGUGUGGUAGAGGUGCUGGAGAAUGUGCACCCGAGUGGGACAAUCUUGGCAGGUAUGAGCGUGACUGGGGAGUACCUGGUGACGGUGUCGCCCCUUCCACACCCACUGGUUCAGGUUUGGAUCUGGCGUGAAGACAAGCACACACCUGCCGCUGAAAAAUACAUCAUUGAGUCAUACGGAGAUGUCGUGGAGCUGGUCAUGAAUCCGAGAUGUGAAGAGGAAUUUGUGCUGACGAGUCAGUUAGCAGUGUUUUUCUUUUCUUUUAGAAAGGGAGCGAGCAAUCCAAGUGAGAGGUUGCACUGUGAGACCCUUCAUCAGAUUCACAGCCGUCUGGGCACUUUUACAGAUACAACCUAUUUGCCAAGAGAGGCAAUAGCUCUGUCCUCUACCUCCAAAGGAUAUGUGAUCGUGUGGGAGGGCAAAGAUAAGCUCCACCACACCAUACAUCACGGAAAACACAUCCGUCUACAUUUGGAGCAAAUAACGCACAUUGAGGUGGUAGAUGGAGUAGUUGCUAUAGCGACAGUCUCGGGAAACAUAAGGUUUUAUGACUACAGUCUUAAGUUUUUGUGGGCCAGUAAAGAGCAGCUUGGUACUUUGUUAACCUUAUCCUUCAAUCUGUAUGGUAAAGCUAGAGACGUGGUACACGCAGUGUGUCCAGUCCCGGCUCACAGUAGCAGCUGCGCAGUGACUUGGCGCAAAGAGACAGAACAGCUGAUCGACGCUACAUUACAAAACAAUCCCCUGAACGUCCGUCAUUUUAUCAUUAGUACAAAGAAUGGAGAAGUCGCUUAUUUUAACUCAACAAAAGAGAUUCCGAAGAAAAUGCUGUACCCCUCCAGUGCCAACUAUACUGCGAUAGAUGUCAUGCCUCAAAGUCCCUACAUCUGUGCGGGUACAUCAGAGGGACAAGUGAUCUUGAUUGACUUUUGUGACUGCAAGAUCAAGGUCACAAAACAGUUGCCAAUAGGGGAGGAUGCGUGCAAAGCCGUGUCUUUUCUACGAUAUUCGCCCUCAGGACUGGUGCUCGCCUGUGCCAUGUACUCAGGGGAGGUAUGGCUGUUGGACCCUCUCCUACUCACCCCUCGUUAUCUACCCCUCACCAACUGUGUAGACUGUAUCACUCACUUAGUCUUCUCACCGAGAUCCGAUUACUUCGCAGUUGCGGACACUGGGAUGUGUAUAACCGUGUUCUACCUUUUGGACCCCCCUGUAUCUGUCGGCCAGUUCAAAGCUCACUCCAAGGUCAUCAGGGACAUUUUGUUUGUCGCCUCCGAUGAUCGUCUUCGGCUGUUCACCGUUGGCGAAGACCGCAACAUUGUGCAAUUUGAGAUUGUCAACAAAAGUGAUGUAGUUACUGACAAAGUACUGAAGUUCUUCAACAUCCAUAGAGCCGAGCAGAGCGCAGUGCCUUGCUGUAUUGUGCCUUACUCGCUGGACGAAAAGUACUACCUCAUGGUCAACACAGAGAUGAAAUUCAAGUUUCUGGAAGCAGACACGCUACGGUGCUCCAAAACUAUACAAGCUCCUAACCUAGAAUCUUCUAUUAACUUUCUAGAGUGUUUUACAGGGGAUGACCAGCCUUACCUGUUAUUUGGGACUGAUCAAGAGAUCGGUCUGCACAUUCUACCUCCAGACGGCAACCCCUACAAGUCUUUAGCGUACAGGAUGAGUCCUGCACGGAUAAUUUGUUGCAGAAUGCAUUCACACGGGAAAUACAUGUUUACAAUAUCAGAGAACUGUAGCGUUAUAAAUAUGUGGAAAAUCAAUACUACAGCCGUGGAUGAGUUCUACGCCCAAGGAGGAGUUGGCCUAGAUCCGUUCUUGUCACUGUUGGAGGGAGGGAAGGGAGGCAGUCAAGUAAAGGAUCUUCGAGAGUUUCUUCCUCUUCGGGCAGUUCAUACAUCAGGGAGAGCGACCUAA